GAGAGAUACACAGAGAAAGUGUAUUUCAUUACUCCUUUACAUUGUGAGCAUGAAGGGAUAUACCUGUGUUUUGUCUCUGGUGAUAUUCACAAUCCAUGGAAAGCUCAUACCAGAGUAUUUGGAAGCCAUUCAACAGAGACAGUUCAUGCUUGACACGAGAAACAGCAGCCCGCUUUGGCAGAAUAGCACAACUCCAGAGACCCAUCAUGUCUUGAUGAGGGUCAUUCCCAGGCCAAAUAAUGGCAUGAUCAGAAGAAAGAGGGAUUGGUUGAUUCCUCCUGUCAGCAUUUCAGAAAAUGACAAAGGCCCAUUCCCAAAGCAAGUGGUGAAGAUGAAGUCCACCGCUGCUGAUUCCAUGAAAAUUAUUUAUAAAAUAACAGGUGCUGGAGCCGACCAGCCUCCCGAGGGCCUUUUCAAAGUGGAUAAAUAUUCAGGCAUGUUGUGGGUCACCAAAUACCUGGACAGAGAGGAAACUGCAGAAUACGUUCUCAUGACUCAUGCCUCAGCAGAGGAUCAAGACUACACUGAACCCCCUGUUCAACUCACCAUAAAAGUUCUUGACCAAAAUGACCACAAACCCUUCUGUACCCAAAAUCCUUUUAUGGGAGAGGUCCUAGAAAGGGCCAAACAAAAUGUGCCUCUCAUAAAAGUGACAGCAGAGGACCUGGAUGACCCCAAAACCUUAAACGCCAUUGUGCGUUACAAACUGGUGAGACAGGAUCCCAACGUUGGGGCAUUCCGCAUUGACCCAACCAAUGGAGUCAUCAGUCUGGCCUCUAUGGGCAUUUUGGACAGAGAGAAUCAUACAGUGUAUACGCUGGAUGUAGAGGCGGCAGAUAUGGAUGGUCAUGGUCUUUCUUCCACCUGUAUGGUCACCAUCAUAAUCACUGAUAGCAAUGAUCACGCACCUAAGUUCAGCAAAAGAACGUAUGCAAGCACAGUACAAGAAAAUAAGGCUGAGGAAAUUGUUGCAAGGUUGGUCGUCACAGAUAGAGACGAGCCUUUAACUGCAAACUCACUGGCAAAGUUCACCAUCAUCCAGGGCAACGAGGAAGGGUUCUUCAACAUCAGCACCGGCCCCAGCAGGAUGGUGGGAAUUAUCACAACAUCAAAAGCUCUGGACUUCGAGCAGGCCAACAAUUUCUCUCUGCUGGUAGUGGUAACGAACGAGGUUCCUUUUGCUGUUCCUUUGCCCACCUCCACUGCAACCGUCACCAUCACUGUGCAGGAUGUAAACGAGCCACCUGUCUUUGAGCCUGCAGAGAAAUGGAUCAUAGUUUAUGAGGACCUUGUGGUGGGCAGCACCAUCCAAAAAUACACAGCCAACGACCCAGACACUGCUAGAGAGCAGAAAAUAAGAUAUAAGUUGCUGCAUGAUUUUGCAAACUGGCUGGAGAUCACAGAGGACACUGGACUCAUCAGAGUCAGGAGCUCAUUGGACAGAGAGGGCUUGUUCAUAAGAGAUGAUCAGUACACAGUCUUAGUGGUUGCAUAUGACAAUGAUGAUGAGCCCGCCACAGGAACAGGCACAUUAGUGAUUAAGCUGUUGGAUGUUAAUGACAACGCUCCAGUGCUGGAGCAGCGCAGAAUCCCAAUAUGUUCUAAAAAACCAAAGGCCAUUUGUUUGACCAUCACAGAUCCAGAUGGACCAGAAAACGGCCCACCAUUCAUCAUAGAACUACAUAAAGAAUAUCAAAGAAACUGGACCAUCAUCAGCAACUCCAGCUGUGCGGCGUGGUUGAAACCACUCAGACAUUUGGCUCUUGGCGAACACAGCCUGUUGUUGCGUGUGUACGACUCUAAGAUGUUAUUUCAGGACAGUUCUAUCAUAGUGGAGGUGUGUGACUGUAAAGAUGAUGACGUGACCUGCUCCAGCGGUGUAUAUGCUGCUAACAUCUCCACCCUGUCCGUCUAUGUUUUAGCAGCUAUCUUAUGCUUUCUUGUGCUGUUUCUGCUGUUGUUUCUUUACCUGAGGAGAAAGUGUGGGAGAAAGUUGGAACAGUUUAGCCAGAAACAAGAAGACAGGGACAAUAUCUUUUGUUACGAUGAGGAAGGAGGCGGCGAACAGGACCAGGACUAUGAUAUGAUGCUGUUGUGCUGGAGUCCAGAGAUUUUCUCUACAGAUAUUGCCCCGCCGGCCUUACAUACGGUCUUCUAUCGCCAACAUCCAGAGGAAAAUGAAGAUAUCGGACACUUCAUUUAUGAAAACCUGUGCACAGCAGAUGAUGACCACUAUGUGGCGCCGUAUGACUCCAUGCUGGUGUUUGCUCAUGAGGGUGAGGGGUCUGAAGCUGGAUCUCUCAGCUCUCUGCAGUCAUCCAUCAGCAAUGGAGAUCAGGACUUCCAGGAUCUGCAGAAUUGGGGACCUCAGUUCAGGAGACUGGCUGAUUUGUAUGCUGUAGGAGAAGAUGAGUGAUAUGUCCUCGAUAUUUAUGUAUCUAUGUAUAGGAGAGUGUGAUGUGAAAUCUGUGAUCAAAUAUGCUGUAAUGUGUUAAUACAUUCUGACAGAAAAA